GGUUUGAGUUCUUGAAGAAACGGAGUCGUAAAUCUUCGAGAUUUUGCUAUAUAUACAUUAGAUUUUGGAUUCAUCGCUAAGUUUUCGCUGAUAUCUCUCUUCCCUCUUUCCGAUUCUCUCCAAUUUAUUUUGCUUUUCAAUCCUUCACCCCAACAACAAUGAAGCUCCAAGUCGCCGACCACGAUCUCAACGCCCUUCUUCUUCCUCCCCCUAACUUCUCCAUGGUCGAAGACGGCAUUUUCCGGUCCGGCUUCCCUCAGCCCUCCAAUUUCCCCUUCCUCCGCAGCCUCAACCUCCGCUCCAUCAUAUAUUUGUGUCCUGAACCCUACCCUGAGGAGAAUUUGGAGUUUCUUAAAGCUAAUAAUAUCAAGCUUUUUCAAUUCAAAAUCGAAGGAAAAAAGGAGCCUUUCGUUUCAAUUCCGAAGGAUGCUAUUCUUGAAGCACUAAAAAUUCUAAUUGAUGUUAGGAAUCAUCCCAUUUUGAUCCACUGCAAGCGUGGAAAGCAUCGAACAGGGUCCCUCGUUGGUUGCCUGAGGAAGUUUCAGAACUGGUGCUUGACAUCGGUGUUCGAGGAGUACCAGCGAUUUGCAGGGAUAAAAUCGAGGGCAACGGAUCUACAAUUCAUCGAGACAUUCGACGUUGGGUCUCUGAGACAAUGUGUUUACAGCAUCAUAUACCAGUACCAAGGUUAUAGCUCAAACAAGAGGAGGCUGUUGUAUAGAGAAGAAAACUUGCAAAAGCCUCAAACAACAAAAGUUUAGAACCAAAAUUUCAAUCCACACAAGAACUCAACCUUCCUUUAUUGCACAUAAUUUGAAGUUCUUGUCAAACAAUCGAGUCUAUGGUUCCCCAUUUUUAGGGUCCCACUGAUUGCUUUUUUUUUUUUUUUUUUUUUUUUGCCAAUUUUUUAUCGUAAGAAAAAAGAAGAAGGACAAACAAAAACAAAGUUUAUGGAAACUAUUAUUUCCUGAGUCUUAGAAGUUCAAGAAUAGCUCAUCUAAUUGAUUGUUUUUUUUUUUUUCUUAAAAAAAAAAAUGUAUAGUUUCAUUGGAUGCUUCCUAUUAUUUGAUGAUAACUAUAUAUUUAGGAAUUUUUUUUUCUUUCAAUUUUAUUAACAUGGGUGGUUUUGCA